UCAUAAUACUGUGAUAUAUACAUAAUCCAGAUAUUUUUAUUCUCCAAUUGAAACUCAAAGGUUAAGUGAAUUGCUCAUGGUCAAAUGACUAGAAAGUGCCAAAGAUAAAAUUUGGAAAGAAUUUACUCCUGACUUUACAAGUCCAAUGCUAUUUUCAUCCCACCUUUGAUUAAUUUAAAUUUAUUAAAAGACAAAUGAGUAUACUAUAAUGGUACAGUACUGGUUUAGAUUUUUAAUGGCUAUGAAAUCUAUAUCCCUGUCGUGCAAGCCUUGGUAGACUACUAAAUAAUAAAACAAAAACAAACCAAUCAUCAAAAUUCUACUUUUGGUUUGGAAAUGCUAUUUUAGUUCCCAGAAUAAUUAGAACAAAUGCAUUAUGUGCCCUUAAAAUGAUGUUGGAAUGAAGAGAGCCAGUAGCCAUGGCAUCACAUGAACAAGGAAAGGAAAACGUGACCAGAUUUUAUUUCACGUGAUAAUUUCCUCCCAAUUAAGUUGUUCUUGGAAUAAGAUAGAACAGUUCUCUUUUUGUUGUAAUUCCUUCUGCUCUACUUCCCUGGGAGCCAUUUAUUACCAAUCUAAGCAGCUCCUAUCUAAAUGAGAGUGAAUGAGGGCAGGCACUAAAGAGAGACAUCUGCCAAAUUACAAUUCGGCAAGUUUGAUAAGUUAUGGCUUUUACACUACUAAUUAGAGGAGGGCAGAUCACCUCCAAUUUAGCUUGCAUUAAUACUACAUACACCCACCCCAGGGCUAUCUAACUGCUAAACCCAUAUCUGUUUUUGCUUUCUGACUUUGAGUCCUUGAGUCAAAUGUCCCCUCUUUCCCCUGCCACUGUCAACUAUCAUUACCCACAUUAUGACUGUAGUCACUGACUUAGAACAAACACGUUCAACAAGAGCUGAGACUGAAAGGCCUAUGAAGAUCCUCUAGUCCACUCACUUUACUCUUCAAGAAUCCAGUGCCCUGGAAAGUUAGAAAUCAUGCAGUCACACAAAUAAGAGUCAAAAGACAAGAUUUGAAUCGGGAUCCUCUGACAGAAUCAAUGUACUUUCUACUAUACCAUGAUGGUUCCUUAUCAGAAUUUUUUCCCCCUUAUGACAACUUUACAAUAAAACCCAGUUAACUUGCCCUUGUGUGUCACUCCGUUUAUCUCCCUGAGAUGAACAAUUCCACAGAUGAACAUAUUUCCUAUCACUCUGGUCUAUUAGGAAACCAUCACUAUAAGAUUCUUCAAGCUAAGUCCCUCUGCCAAGUCAAUGAAAAAUGGUCAAGCCUUCUCCAUUGUGACUAAGCAGCAACUCCCACAUGGAAGGAGAGGAGCAGUUGGCUGAACCCUGAGCCCAGCCUCAGUCCUCUAGGAAGCUGUAAGUCUAACAAAUCGAAAGCAAGAGGAUUUGGCUGUGUUAAUUGUACAAUGCACUAUCUUCACACGCAGCACAACCUCUCAUUUCUUGAAACUGGCUGUAAACAGAGAUAGGGAGGGGCCACUGCUGCCUGCCAAAUGAAGCAGAAACUUUGUGAGUAAUUUACUAGAGGAAAAACAAACUCUGUCUCACAUCCACACACACAAAAUACCAUGCUGCAUGUCCACUGCUGAUAGGGAAGUGGUCGGGUUUCCAGAGGAAAAACACAGAGCAGAUCUUUUCUGUCAGCUUCCUCCCUAUGAAAUGUUGCUUACUGAUCAAGCCGGGACUUCACGGUACAGAGGAAUGUGUGGCGUGAACUGAAGAACAGCUAGAAGUCUUCAGAAAAACCACCCCUGAUUGGUUCACUAUGUUGAGCUGUGACACUUUCAAUGUUACCAAGAACAGUGAGGACCAACUCCUCUGCCAUGACUUCCACCUCAUCCUCUCCAUCUUCUCCCUCCUCUACCUCAUUAUCUGCUUUCCGAUUGGCCUUUGCUACAAUGCUCUGCUGGUCCUGGUCAAUCUGUACAACAAGGCCACUAUGACUAUGCCUGAUGUUUACUUUGUGAACAUUGCCAUCGCAGGCCUCAUAAUCAAUGCUGUGGCACCAAUAUACCUUCUUGGACCAACCACCACCAAGUGGGCCAUCUGGAGCUUUAACAGUGAAGUUUAUAUCACACUGCUGAUUUUGUUUAAUGUUUCCUCCCUGGUUAUCAUGUAUUCAACCACCUUGCUCAGCCUCGAUUACUACAUUGAGCGAGCUCUGCCCCGAACUUACAUGUCUAGCGUGUAUAACACUAAGCAUGUCUGUGGGUUCAUUUGGGGAGGGGCGAUGCUUACAAGCUUUUCCUCUCUGCUGUUCUACAUCUGUAGCCAUGUAUCCACCAAGCUCAUAGAGUGCUCCAAGAUGCAAAACAAGGAGGCGGCCGAUGCCAUCAUGGUGUUUAUUGGAUAUGUUGUCCCUGCCAUUGCAGUGCUUUACGCCCUUGUGCUGAUUUUACGGAUACGGAAGGAGGCCACCCCCCUCGACCACGAUACUGGACGCCUGGACCCUUCUGUGCACAGGCUUCUGAUUGCCACAGUGUGUACACAGUUUGUGCUGUGGACACCUUACUACCUAACUCUCCUGGUGAACACUUUCCUUGUCUCACAGGGAAAACUCACAGAUGAGCACCACAUGCGGAUAUUGCAUUUCAUCAAAGAUCUGUCGAAAUUCUUAGCCUUCUCUAGCAGCUUUGUGAUGCCGCUCCUUUACCGCUACAUCAACAAAAAUUUUCCUGGCAAGUUACGGCGGCUGAUUAAAAAAAUGCACUGUGGGCAUCAGAGAUGCUCUCAUGACCGAGCAACAGUACAGCAGGUGAUGACGUAGGGAAUGAGAAGCUCUGGAGGAGUGCAAGCCAGGUCCUGGCACAAUUCUGCUGCUUCUUACCAAGAACUUUCUUAGAAGCUCUUCACAUUGAUACUGGAAGGGGGCUGCUAUUCUUACUGACCAAGGGAUGCCUGUACUAACAGAGGUGGCACAGAAAUACUAACAGAAACCUCAGGCAGGUCAGAGAAGCUGGCAUUUGGGAGCACUUUCAAAGCACUGAGUCAGUAAGCUUGAGUUCUGCGUUUUUUUCCCGGUUCUAGUGAUCCUGGGAAGAGAAAUGACUAAAAGGUAAACUGAAGUUUUGAUUGGAUAUAAAGCACUUUGUUACCCUGUCCAAGAAAAGGACAAUGCUAUGUUUUCUUCCUUAGAAGAAGAGAUGCAAUAAUUCUAAGUGGAAUAGUCUUAGUACUCUUCUCAACAUGCCCUAUGUGUCCUUACCAGGAUAGUCAAUCUCUGGCCAAGGCAAUGCUGAUCAAAGGAAUAGGCUGUCCAAACAGCCUGAAGUGAAAUAUAAGCUACAAUAUUACUAAUUUAUCUGUUUUCUCCUUAAAAUGUGUGCAUUUUGAAGUCUUUGUCAUUGAAGUAAUUUACUCAUUGUAAACCUUUUUCUAAAUUAGGCUUUUUCUAAAUGAAGUCAUAAGAAUCUGGAAAUCCAGUAUUUAUACUUUGCUUGAUUAUAUUGUGAAAAUACUUGAUUCUUCACUAUUUUUCUUGAUUUUUUUAAAGGAAGCACAGAUAUUUAGUAAAAAUCCACUAAGUAUUAAAAUGAAGGAAAUAAUUACAAAAGUCUAAAUGAUGGUGGAAUGUACUUUUUUUCUAAACUAAAAAAACAAAAACAAAAAAAAACCCUACUACCUAAGGUCCACAUGUUCAUGAGACUCAGUUGUCAUCUCUUCCCUUUUAAUAAGUUGUAUUAAAUGUUGCAUAGGAAAAGCUCAUGGCAUAUAUGCCAAUAGUGACAUUACUAAAACUUUUUUAAAUGAGUAAGAAAACAACACACAUGUAUGCCUGGUUUUAAGCUGUGUAAUAAUCUAAAAAAUUAAUUGUUCAUUCUCACACAUCCUAACAUACUUAAAAUCCUUCUGUCAUGGGAACAGUGAGCAGGGGUGGUUUUCUAAUUUCUAAUUCUCAGUCGUUUGAAUGUUAAUUUCCAAGUCCAAAGCUAUAAGAAAAAUGGAAUGAAAAGAAAACAGUAAGUUAUAAAAUGUAAUUAUUUGUGUUGGAGUGUACUGCAUAAGAGAGAUGAGAAGAUCUACUCUGAUAAAACACAGAAUGACCUUGCAAGGGAGAAGAGGGAUGAGACAGGAUAUCUGAACAACCAUACAGAAAUGAUCAAUAUGACUCUGUAGGUUACCUUUCAACCCUGAGACUCUAUAAUGAUUAAAAAUUUGCAUUUGUAAAACUCCUCAUUACAUAUUUGAAUUGAAAGAUAACCUAAGAAUGACAUAUUAUUCAUCAGAAAUAACAUGUAAAAUUGAAAGCAAAUUCUGUGUUAAAGAUAAGGCAAUUUAAGAUAUUAAUUUAAUUUAAGAUAAGAAUAUCAAGAUAAGGCAAGAUAAGGAAAUUUCAUACCUGUGAGUUUUUUUUAAAGGAAGACUUGUUAAUAAAGCUAGCACCCCUGAAGACCACAGGUUUAGAGCUGGAAGGGCUUUAGAGGUCAUCUAAUCCAAUUACCAAUACCCCCACCAUUUUAAAGAUGAGGAAAUUGACCCCCAAAAAGGUUAUGACGUGCCGGAAGUCACAUGGGUAGCAAAUGGCAGGAUGUAAUUAAUAAUGACAAGAAAACAUCAAUAUGAUUUCGUUGCUAGCACAAACUUUUCACCACUCAUCAAUUUAUUAGUCAAGCUUUACCCGAAGCUCAGCCAAAAAAAAAAAUUAUUUUGUUUUUGCACCAUUCAAUCUUCCCUCUGCUUUGGAAGCAGCAUCUAUUGAAAAAAUGUGCCAGUGAAGAAGGAAAAAAAAAAGCAAAAACAGGUGCUAACCACUGACUUAGUCCUUUAUAUUUUCCCAACACCAUUGUUCUGUCUACUCAGUUUCUUUCCAUUAAAUCAUUAUCAGGUUGACUCUAAACCUACAGCCCAUCCUUUUCUGACCUAGUCCUUUAGGAGAACUUGAGCAUUAGACCGAAUCAUUACAAACAACAACAUUUUCCCUCAAGAUUUCAUCUGAUGCCAACUCCCCCAAACAGUGACUUGGGGGUUACAUUUUACCAGUGUUUACCUGAGUCAAUCUCUUCCAAGAGUCUCAGGUUUUAAGACAAUGUAAAGCAGCAAACUUGACUUCUUCAGUCUGCUCCAGGUACAUUUUACUAGACUUCGAAAACUUAACUGGAUAUUCCUUUUUUUCAGAGAGAAAGAUUUUUAGAGAGCUAGAGUUAUACAGCUUUCUCCAAUACUAUAUCACACUAGAAAAAGAAAACUGGUUGCUAAGGAAGAACAACUGCAUUUCCUUAAGAUCUUGGCCAGUAUGUUACAACAUCAUUUUAAAUGUGAACAUAGGCAGAUAUGUCAAAAGUCCUUUAACUCUCUUCCUAAGAGUCUCCAAGUGCCUAUGAGAAUCCAUCCACUUGAAAUCUGGUUUCAAUGCAGGAAAGAGAGAAGGAAAAGGAUGUUUUUUUUUCCCUUUCCAUAAAACAGGAGUUCUUAAUUUUUUUUAUUAUGGACCUCUUUGAUAGUCUGGGGAAACUUCCUUCUUUGAUUAAUAUUUUUAAGUGUAUAACAUAAAAUAAAGAGGAUUACAAACCAAUUAUCAUGAAAAUGCAUUAUCAAAAUAUAUUUUUAAAACCCUAAGAUCACAGAUGCCAGAUUAAGAAACUUUAAAGUCUCAGUCUCCCCCUGUCCUCAUAUUCUUUGAGCCUUGAUUUUUUUUUUUAACAUGGAACAAACACUAGAGGAAGAGGGCUAUUAUCUCUUCUUUUAUGAAGACAACAAGCCUAUAAUCACACAUGUUAUCUCUUUUUUCUAGUCAAAUAGAUUUCCUCUUCCCCAGAAUGGACUCCGUAGAAAUUGGCCUUCCUCAAACUCACAGGGUAGCCCUUAAGUCAUGUUUUCACCUCAAUUUCCCAAUGGUUAACAGAUUUUCUAUGCAAAUUAUAGGAUUUUAAUUUCAUGCAUUAUUUCUAUCCACUUGAAAGAAUAAUAUUUCUGGAUAGUCUCUUCCUCACAGCCUACUUGCCUUCUCAUCUUCCCACAUAUAAGCUGUACAGUCUGGAUACUUCCAAAUGUGCUCUUUUCCUUUCCUAUAUCCCUACCCCAACCUAAGGAAGUAUUAUUGUUACCACUAACACAUCAUACCCAUUUUCCAGGCCAUUAAUCCCAACUUUCAAAUCAGUAACCUCAGCAACCCACCCUAACCUGAAUGGAAUGAUUAAAGCAAAGCUGGUACCCAGACCAAUGCUUUACUUUGAUCACAGAGGUGCUGUUAGAAGCAUCGACAAUUAUAAACUGCAUCUUGGGAAUGUAGCUUCAUUAGAGUUGGUUUUAAGCACUCUUAUUUUUUGUGGCCCAUUCCACUUAUUCCACAUCCCUGGGGAAUCUCACCACAUCGUUUUGCGAAAGUAAACCUUCUGUCCCAUUUCUUAAUCUCUCUCUGUUCUUUUCUUUUCCAUGGAGAGUGGGUCCCCUGCUGCUACGCUUCACACACCACCAGUCUUUUAUCAGCCCUCUCCAGAUUUGAAGACAUCUUUUACUGUUAAUUCUAACAUACUGCAUAAUUUGGUUUUCACAUCUCAUUGGCGAAUCUAUUUUCUUGUGGUUUCCUCUCUAAAUUCAUCUUUGAUGCAACCUGGCUGAUUUGCAUUUUUCUUGCCUUGGCUAUAUUUUUUAUUUCUGACAUUUCAGCUAUAUUGCCAUAAAUGAAGAUGGUCUUAAGUUGUUCAGAGGGGAGAAAGGUUAGAGGGAAGAACAUGUUUUGGAAAAUCCAAGGUGAACUGUGAAUUUAAAAAUAUUUCUUCCAAUUACUUUUAAGAUACACAGGAUCUCUUUUUUUGUGGCACUAUUAGUGACAAAACUUCUUGCCUAUAUACAGUUGCUGGUUUUCUUCCUAGCAAUUUUAUUAUUAUUAUUAUUGUUUAAAAUGUUCAGGUUUAAAAAAAAAUCUUUCUGACCUUGAAAGUGCUCAUGUAAAGUAAACUUAAUCUUAUGUUUGCUCUGUAAUGCUACAGAUUUUUAAAAAUUGGUUAACACCAGCAAAUGAAUGAAGUAUAAGAAUUUCAAGCACAAACAUGCAUGCAUAAGACUACAAAGUCAUUUUAAAUUUGGAACUAGUAAUCAUGGAAGAAACAUCCAUGGUUUAUAGCAAAGAAGGUAAGAUCAUAUGUCAAAUUUUUGAAAUAGAUGCUAAAAACCAGUUGUAAGAAUCAAAGCCUUCCCAUUUCAAGACUGAACUUCCCUGAUUUUUCUGUAAAUAUGAGCCAAUCUCUUUAGUACAUAUAUAAGUACUGUAUAUAUGAAGAGGAAAAACCUACUGAUGUACAAAGGCACAUGUGAAGAAUCUGUUUAUUAAAUUAUUUUCUAAAACUGAGAUAUAUGUUUAUUACCCUAUAACAUUAACAUUUUUGAGUGCUUAAAAGUGUACUGUAUGUGUUUCUGUAUGUAUAUACUAUAUGAGAAAAUCAUCACAGAAAGUGCCAUUAUUAACAGUAUUUUCCCUUUUAGAUUUAAAUUUCAAAUCUAUUCUGUGUCGAUUUACACCUCUGUAGUUCUUCCAUAUAGAUACAUUAUGUAAAAAAAUAAAUAAAGUAAUUCAAGCUCA